AUGUCGGCCACGGCCUCCCCACCUCCAGGCCAGCGUGGAGCAAGCGCCAACCCGGACGAGGACCUCUUCGAAGGCGGUCGCGCCAAGUACGCCUGCGAGAACUGCCGCCGCCGCAAGCUCAAGUGCACCCGCGAUGUUCCCUCGUGCGUCUUCUGCGCAGAGCACCACCACGACUGCGUCUAUGUCAAGAUCGUGCGCACCCCGCUCACCCGCAAGAACCUCGACGCCGCAGAACGCAGGAUCGCCGAGCUCGAGGACCGCCUGAGCCGCAACCGACCCGUCGGCGUCAAGCGCCGCUCGGACGACAGCGGCUCGACCACCCGUCAACCCUCGCCGCCGCCUUCGUUCAUGUCGCCGCCGCUCCCCGUCCUCCACCAGCCCGCCUCGAUGCCUCCGCCCAUGUCGCACACGCCCGCACUCCACCAGGCGUCGCUCCCUCCUCCCCCUCUUCCUCCUUCCGCCGCCGCCGCCAUGCACGCCUCGCCCGCCUCGGCCGUCUCGUCCUCGCCCGGCGCCGGCGGCGGCGGCGGCGCCUUCCACCCGAUUGCCGGGCCCUCGUCGCACCUCCCGCCGCCCUCGGCGUCCGACCUCGUCGCGCCCGCCGCGCACCUCCCGUCCUACAGCGGCAGCUCGCCGUUCGCCAACUCGGCCGCCGCGAGCCGCCCGCCGCUCGUGUCGGUCCCGACCGCCUUCUCGUCGGCGUCCGGGUCGUCCAUGGUGUCGGUCGCAGGGCCGGAGCUUGCGGCGGGAGCGCAGGUCGACACCACGACCGAGCCAGAGGAGGGCGAUGGAAUGGGCGCGCUGUCGGUUGAGCCUGGUGGAGGGUCGGGCGCUUACCUCGGAUCGCUGUCGGGCGCUGCCCUCCUCAACUUUCUGCAACGCUGCGCCGGCGACGUCAACCUCUCGGCGCACGGUUCGGCGGCGGGCAAGGCGGCAGCUUCUCCGACCUCGACUAUCGCGUCUGCAACGCAGAUCUUGCCCGAGCAGAUGGCGCUCUUCGUCAACUCGUACUUUGCGUGCUACCACCUCCAGUACCCGCUCGUGCACGAGGCGUCGUUCCGGGCUCAACUCGCCGACAUCGUCCCUCGACCUGGCGGCUCUGCCUGGAACCUCCUGCAUCAAACGAUCCUCGGGCUCGGCAGCAUGUGCGUCGUCGGCGCCGAGGGCUACGACGGUGGCGAGGCCGUCGCCCUAUACGAGAAGACGGUCGCGAGCAUCAAGCCGCACUUGUUCGAGAGCAACUCGCUCACGGCGGUCCAGGCCUUUACGCUCCUCGCCAACUACGCGCAAAAGCUCAACCAUACGGCGAGCGGGAGCGUCUACAUCGGUAUCGCGCUGAGGAUGGCGAUAAAUAUCGGCUUGCACUGCGAGUCGUCGGCGCGCAACCUGUCGGUGUUCGAGCAAGAGCAAAGGCGCCGAGUCUGGUGGACCCUGUUCUGCUUCGAGUCGGGCUCGUCCAUCACGUUCUCGCACCCGUCGACCCUGCCGACGGCCGGCGUCGACGUCCUCCCGCUCGCCAACGUCCACGACGCCUACUUUACGCCGGCGGCCCUCUCUCGCCCGCACAGCGUCGACUCGGCGACGCCCUACUCGUCGCUCCUCCACCAGGUCUACUUUGCCCAGUUCGCCAUCUCUGUCGUCCAGUACCUCACGACGGCGCAGCAGCACACGAUCACGCCCGCCGACAUCCAGCGCCUGUACCGCGACCUCGACGUGUUCCAGGCCUCGCUGUCGCCCUACUUUUUCCGCGACUCGGCGCCCUGGUUCGACUUUGCGCGCGCAAAGCUGUGCUGGCGCCUCGACAACUUGCGCAUGAUCAUCCUGCGCCAGACGUUCCUCAAGGUGUCGCUCGGCCAGGGCGACGCGACGCAGGAGGAGGAGCAGAUCUUUGAGCGGUGCGUCGCGUGCGCCGGCGAGGUCAUUCGGUCGGUGCAGCGCUUCACCGAGGCUCGCCCGAGGAGCGCCAUGGAGUGGUGGUACUGCCUACACUUCCUCUUCCCGGCCGCCUUUGUCCCCCUCAUCGCCCUGCGCGUUCGCCCCUCUGCGCCCGCCGCCGUCGACUGGAUCGUCGCCGUACAGUCGUCGCGAGGCGUCCUCGAGCGGGUCCAGCACGCCCUCCUCAAGCCUCUCGCGUCGCGCUGCCUCGCCAUCAUUUCGGCCGUCGCCGACGUCGAGUCCAAGGGCAACACCGAGGUCUCGGCCGCCCCUAUGGACCCCGACUUUGCGAGCUUCUUGGAGCGACUCGCCGCGCCGCCCGAGAGCAGCGAGGGCAUGCCGUCGCUUGCGCUCCAGGCGCCGUGGCAGGCGCCUGGGCUCAUGACGGACCUCGACGCGCUCUUUGCGUGGUUCACGCCGCCGAACGGCUCGCCGCAGCCCGGCUUGUAG